AAGUAUCAACUUUUAAAUCAAAAUAUUUACAAUCAUUUUAACAUUUAAAAAAAAUCAAAAGGCAAUAAUAUAAAAUGCAACCCUGUGGUGAUUGUUGUUGUUGUAGGUAUUUUGUUUUUAUCCACACUUGGUCAACGAAGCAAUACCACAAAACGAAUCGACGCGAACGAAGUGACGGAAAAGAAAAAGCUUGCUCUUUUUAUUACAAUAUACCAGCGUUAAUAUUCGAGUUUGUCGCACACUCUUAGGACGUUCGAAGCAAAAGGCAUAGUGAAACGAACGUGGAAAAUGGUAGGCGGCGGUGGCGGUGGCGACAAUAAAGUUGUGGCCACUUUACGAGCGGAUGGAAGUGUAUAUCCUGCAAGUGGCACUUCCAUUGGACAAUUAGUGAAUUUAAUGAAUUAUAAAAUUCGUACGGAAGUGGAUGUCAGCAAUAAGGCGCUCAAUACAUUCAGUGUACCAACAACCGUAGUGGACUUGGGCAAACAACUGCUACAGUACGCGCGUGACGGUGAUCUGAAGGGUGUGAAAAAUAUGUUGUCGCGCGGAGCACCAUUCACCUCAGAUUGGUUGGGCAUGUCUGCGCUACAUUUUGCAGCUAUGAAUAACCAAUAUGACGUUUGUGACGCGCUUUUAAAGGGCGGCAUCAAUAAGGACUCGAAAACAAAAGUAGAUCGUACACCGCUGCACAUGGCGUGCUUCUACGGCAAUGAACGCAUAGUCGAGCUGCUGCUAGCCAAGAAAUGCAUAGUGAAUCCUCGAGAUAUGUUGCGCAUGACACCUUUGCAUUGGGCUGUGGAGAAAGGCCACAAGUCGAUUGCGCGUCUGCUGCUUAAGCACAAUGCUGAUGUGACGGUUACUUCCAAAUUUGGCAAAACACCCAUCGCUCUGGCAGUGCUGACAGAACAAGCUGACUUACUCGAGGAAUUGGAAUCUGCACGUCAAUCGCAAAUCAACCGCAAAUAUAAUGAGGAGCAUGAGGUGCGGGCCAAGCGUUUCAAAAAAGAGACUUCGGAUGCAGUGAACUCCAUAAUGGGUUUGGCAAAUUUUAGCGCGGAGGAGGCGACGAGUUCAACGAAAAUCACAUUGGAAGUUGAUGAUGAUCUAACAAAUAAUAGCGACUACGCUGAGUCCAAAAUAUCCGAUUUGGCGAACAUUAAGGAAACUGGCGUUUUGGACAAGACCACUAUCAAUAUGUUGAAGGACCAUGGCAUUUCCAUGAUGCCGGAGGACGAAGAUACUUCAAAGGAGCUGCUUGCCACUGCCUUGCAAAAUGGUCGUCAGUUGGUGCUGUCCGAGGGUGGCAAAUUGUUGCUUAAUGAGACUAAAAAAAUACAUAACAAUAAUAAUAACGGUAAAAGUGCCUCUAGCAGCAGUGGAAAUACGAAUUCCAACACCAGCAAUGUGCGAAAUUAUACAGUCUUGCCUGUGCGCGGCACGCUAGCAUCGCGUACGCAAAAUUAUAAAGCGCGAGCGAGCAUCAUAUCGAAAGCGAAAGAUAAUCUCAAUAUGUACAAGAACGUGCGCAUCAUUUCACUAAACGAUUUUAAAAAGUUUUACGGCAAUACAAACAUCAAAGGCGUGCAAAAGAUACCUGCUUCCAUGGCGAGUGAACGUUUGGCGCGUAUAAGACAAAUUAGCGAAGAACAACGAACACUUAAUCCUGGUAAUCGUCAGGUUUACACCAAUACACGCACAUUAGCACAGCGACAGUUAAAAUCUGGCCAAACAGUAGUAAAAGCGGAGCAACCGUCGACUAUAAUAGCCGAGGACGAUGAUAUUGACUCGAUAAUACAGCUGGCGCCAACCGAUAGUGAUACCGAAUUGUCGGACAGUGAACAAGCACAGCAGCAGCAGCAGCAGCAACAAAAUCAAAUACAGCAAAAAACGACAAGCAUCAGCGUACAAGGCACUAAACAAUUGUUAAAUAUCGCUGCGCCGCCCAUAAUACGUCAGUUGACGACCAAGCAAGGCACACUGGUUGGCACUAAACUCAACACGUCCGGCGGUGACGCUGUCAAGCCACAGACAGGUUCCACUGUCAUAUCUUUGCUUUCGGUGCCGGAAAUAUGCCGCCAACUAUACGAGCUGCGUCGGCAAAACGAUGAUUUAAAACGCAAAUUCGAUGCAGCACAGAAGGAGAAGGAGGAGAUGCGUCAGCGUUUGGAUCGUUUGGAGGAGCUGUUGCUGGUGGAGAAGACGGAUGAUGGCUAUGUGGAUACCUAGUGGUAGCCGCCGGUAAUAUGUCGUUUAGUUAGUGGUAUUUUUUUCAUUUCUUCCAUUUUUAUUUAAUUGAAAGUAUUUUUUAACAAUACAAUAUAAACACACACACACAUAUAGAAGUGUUGUUGUGUAAUGAUCAUUAGAGUUGAAGCGCCUUUAAUUGAAUGUCAUGGCAUUCGCAGUAUGCAUUCGUUAACUAAACUAUAAAUUUAGUAAAAUAAGUUAUGCGCUCGCUUGCAAUAUUGCGAAAUAUGGCAUUGUGAGCAUUAUUCAUAAAUAAGUUGAACUACCAUUUAAUUUAAUUUUUAACUGUAAAUAUUUAAUUAUAUGUUUUUCUUAACAUAAAACAAAAGCAAAGCGUUGCACUUCGCCACUGAAUGAGUAAGCUCUAAAAGUUGUAUGCUAUAUAUUCAAUUAAUUUCAAUAAGCACCAGUGUUCUACACACUUUAAUCUUUUCGAAUUAAAAAAACAAUCAAAAACAAAAAAAAAGUCAACAAAUUAAUAUUUUGAAUUAAUAUGAUGUUUACGUAUUGCUGUUACUUUAUUUUGUUAUUGUUAACCAAAAUAAAGCAAGAGAAAAAAUACCUACACAAACAUGUUUAAUAUCUCACAAAUUGUUAAUUCUUUAAGAUUUUUAUAUUUUUCUAAUGACAAUGUGAAAUACAAAUGAAGCAAUGUUUGAAAAACACUUAAACAUAAAAAAUAAUUAUAUGAAAAAAAAUAAUAUAAAAAAAGUUUUUAUAUAUGUAAAAAAAUAACCAAUAGCAAUUUUCUUGUAUGUACAUAUAUAUGAAGUCAAAAAGCGAAGUAAUAAUUUUGCAUUAAUGCAUAGUUUAUAAGAAACGCAAAUAACAAAAAAGUGAACAUUUAAAAUAACAUGCAUACUACAAAAUCGUUUUAAAAAUAUGUAAGUGAGUUUAUGUUAUCUCGUAGUUUGAAUUAAUAAAAAAAAACAAAAAAAACAUUUUGUAAAAUGUUAAAACAAUGCUAAGCAUUUUGGUAUAUGCGUAAACAUUUUGAAUAGACCGAAGUGAAAACUUUUAAAGUGGAAAUAAUAUUACUCUGCAUCAUUGUGGCUAUGGAGUAUCAAUUAAUGUCGGUUUUGUUGUUCUCGCUGUUAAAUUCCAGAAAGGAGCAAGUUUUAAUAAGCAUCUGAAGGAGUGCUAAUCCUCUAAUGCAAAUACAGUGGAGUUUUUGAGAGUUCGGUAUAACCGGUUGUUGUUGUUGUAGCGGCAGAAUUUUGUCCAGUUGACAGUACUUGACCGAAAAAAAUCCGGGUCCGUUCCGGUUACGUAGAUCCGACCGUUAUGGGAACGGUAUUGGUGAAUUAUGUACAUUUUCUCACAUAAAUGGUAUUUUAAAGGCUUGUCGAUUCCAAAGACUUUAUUUUCCUUCGGACCCAAAAGUUUUGUUGUUUGUAUAGUUGUUGAGAUAGUACUUGAUAUUUUAUACAGUUAUUCAAAGUUCCUAUUGUCCGACUUUGCUAUUGUUGUCGUUGUAAGGAAAAUGCUUUUUUACAUGCCAAUUUACUAUUUAAAAUAUGUUUUAAACAAUAUUAAAUCAAAAUAUUUGUAAUGGGUUAAAAUAGUACUACAUUACCGACCAAAGCAGUCAGCUGUGCACUUCUAUAUAGUUUUUUUUUGACAUUUCUUUUAUUUAAGAGCCGUCACCAAAACAAAUCAAGUCACACGUGUUUGAAGCUACGUAUUUUUGCGGAAAAACAUCAUAAAGACGCUAUUUAAUAGAAAAUAAAUUUCCGAAAUGGGUAAGAAACACGACGACAUAGACUUACCCGGCUUUCCAUCGCUGGAUAAUGUUGGGGGUGGUGAGAAUACGGAGAAGGGUAAAAGCAAGUCUAAGAAAAGCGGAGGCUUCCAAUCGAUGGGACUUUCCUUCGGCGUGAUAAAGGGUAUAACGAAGCGUGGCUACAAAAUACCGACACCAAUACAGCGGAAGACCAUACCGUUGAUACUUGAAGGCCGUGAUGUUGUUGCGAUGGCUAAAACUGGCUCGGGCAAAACUGCUUGCUUUCUUAUACCCAUGUUCGAAAAACUUAAGAGCAGGGAACCCACUAAAGGCGCUCGUGCACUUAUACUCUCGCCCACACGUGAAUUGGCUGUGCAGACUUACAAAUUUAUCAAAGAACUGGGACGUUUUAUGGAUUUGAAAACAAUUUUAGUGCUUGGUGGCGAUUCUAUGGAUUCGCAGUUUUCAGCUAUACACACUUGCCCCGACAUUAUAGUUGCUACGCCAGGUCGUUUUUUGCAUUUGUGUGUUGAAAUGGAUUUGAAAUUGAAUUCAGUUGAAUAUGUGGUGUUCGAUGAAGCAGAUCGUCUGUUUGAAAUGGGGUUUGGCGAACAACUGAAUGAAACAUUGCACCGUUUGCCAGCGUCCAGACAAACCGUACUCUUUUCGGCAACUUUACCUAAACUCUUAGUUAAUUUUGCUCGCGCAGGCUUAAACGAUCCAGUUUUGUUGCGUUUAGAUGUUGAGUCAAAAUUGCCGGAAGGCUUAAUGCUUAAAUUCUUAUACUGUCGGCCGGACGAACGUUAUACCGCUUUAGUUGUGUUACUCAAAUAUGUAAUACCGCAAGAUGCACAAACUGUAGUCUUCGCUGGCACACAACAUCACGUUGAAUUGAUAUGCUAUAUCCUCACCAAAUGUGGUAUUUCCAACACGGCAGUGUAUUCUAGUUUAGAUCCCACAGCACGUAAAAUUAACACAGCCAAAUUUGUUAAUAAGAAAGUGUCUGUUCUAACUGUAACCGAUGUGGCGGCGCGUGGUAUCGAUAUACCGAGCUUGGAUUAUGUGGUAAAUUUACAUUUCCCUGGAAAACCGAAAUUGUUCGUACAUCGUGUCGGUCGUUGUGCUCGUGCCGGGCGCACCGGCACUGCCUUUUCAAUAUUUUCCACUGAUGAUGCUGCGCAUGUGCUCGAUUUGCAUUUAUUCUUAAAUCGUCCAUUCAAUAUAAAUGACGACAAAGUGGUGGGCAUUGCGCCGCAGGAGUUAAUGGAGGAGGAGCAUCUGUCUGUGACAGAAGUUAAGAACAGUCAUGAUAUUGCUGGUGUACUACGUACAAGUGAAAACGCAUAUAAAAAAUAUUUGUCGUCGCGUCCUGUGGCCUCAGCAGAAUCUAAUGCGCGCAUUAAGAAAAUCAAAUUUUUCAGCUGCAAAAACUUAGACGAUUUUCUAGCAGCGAAUAUAUCGCUGCGACAAUCGCAAAGCGCAAAUAGCGAAAAUGACAGCAGGUCAAAGGAAGAUUUGGUGGCUGAAGAUCGUAAAAUACAGAAGGAGAAGCAUGAUUUGUUAUUAAAAAUGCGGAAUUUUAAGCCCUCUACUACCAUUUUUGAAUUGAAUCGCAGCCAAAAGUCCCUACCAUUUACUAUAAUGAAAAACAAACGCUCCAUGCAUACGAAUGUCAUUGAAAAAUACAGAAAUAGGAUGGAUGAAAUCGAAAAGGAGGAAGCUAAUAAGCAGCUGGAAGCAGAUGAAAAGGAAGAGGUUGAUGAAGCAGAUGCAGAUGAAAUUACUGAGGCCUUUCAUAAAAUUGUUGCACCAAAGAAACGCAAAAACCUCGAGGAUCUUUAUAAAGACAAGAAGAAGAAAAAGAAGAAGACACAUGCCAAGGAUAAUGAAAAUUAUAUACCUUACCAGUCGGCGGAUAAACACACCGAGGACGGUCUGGCGAUCAACUCUUUUGAGCGUCAAGCUAUGAAUGCUGAAUUUUCCGUAGUCGAUCGUGAUAAUAGCUCAGAUUUCCGCCCCAAGUCGGGCAUGAAGAAGUGGGAUCGUAUCAAGAAGAAAAUGGUUUCUGUGCAAGAUCCACGCGCAAACAAAAUACGCACCGAAUCGGGGGCCUGGAUUCCGGCCUCUUUCAAGACCGGCCGUUACACGAAUUGGAAAGAAAAGUCCAAAAUCGAAGAGCAAUUGCAGCGUGAAAAUGGCAGUGACGAUGAUGGUGUCAAACCAUUGUCUCGUGAAAAACGUUAUCCGGUUGGACAGCAUGCGCGCCAUAAUGCCAAGGUGGCUGCCAAGAAAUAUGCAGGCGGUGACAAUGAAUUGCGGCAUCCGGAGCAGAUCGUAAAGGCGCGCAUGCGUUUGGAAUUCAUCAAGAAACGUAAUACUGAGAAUGCGUUGCGUAAAACAGAAAAUAGAAAACGUAGUAUGCGUAAGAAUCAACGUGGUAAAGUAAAGAAAGGUGGCAAAAAGUAGGUGGUUAUUAUUCAAGCGUUAAGUUAGAAAAUUAUUGUGCUUCGUAUAUUAAUAAAAAUGAAAUAAUAAAACUUAGUAUUUCAUUUGCUUACAACCGUUUCUAAUUGUUAUUGAAACAUUGGUAACUCUAAAAUAUCAGCUGUUCAUAAAUUGUCACCAGGUGUCGCGCUGCUGCUAUCAAAUGUAAAUUUUAUUUUGACAUUAUGUAGUUGUGUGGGAAUACUUGAUUUUUUAUUUCAUCCUGAGUUGAAGUACUUCUGUUUCGGCAUAAAUUAAUCAAAUUCGACAAAAAUACGUCCAAAGCAUAUAGUGGCUCCCAACAGUGAUAACGUACUUCGGCACCGCAUAAUAUAAUAUAACAAAAACGCGAGUAUUCCUUCUAGCUGUCUUUAAGUAAUCAGCAUGUGAAGCAUAUGUGUAGUAUUCAAAUCUUUCGCAAAGAAAAUAAAAUUACAAGUGACAAAAAAAUAAAACCUACUAAAUACGAGGUCAAACAAUAACACCGCGACGUAAAUUGGUAGUGAAAGUAUUUCGAGUGCUAUAUAUUAUAUCAUUUCGGAACUAACAACAAACAAUGAUAGCUACGUAAAAUAAUAUUUUAAAUUAAUUUGUUACUAAAAUCCAUUAUCUGCCCUGUCUGAAGUGUCUGCGUGUGUAAUUCAACAUAACUGUGUUGGUUGAAAUAACCACCCCAAUUUUAUAUUAAGAGCCGUUGCGCACAAAACGGCGGCUGCUGAAUCAUGCGGCCAUCGUUCUUUGUUGAAAAUUGGCAAAUAAUUUGCUUUGUGUUUGUUUAAUUAAUAUCAAUAACCCAAGUAAUUCGAAUUUUGCGCGCACGUUAAUUAUAAUUGCAAAUAUUUUGCAAAAUUUCUAGUAAAUAUAGUAUAGUACAUAUUUGUGUAAAUUAUAGCAAGACAGUGCGUCAAAAAAAAAAUAACAUAAUAUAAAGCAAAAUGGAUAGUUCAAUGGUUUUCGGCGUGUUUCGAAAUUUAACCUCAAGUGCAUUGGAUGCCAAUAGCGCUGUGGCGGACAUGGAUUCGGAAGAUUUGGAUACCAUGUUUUCAGCUUCCCCUACACCAGCUGCUUUGAAAACCAGUACGACUGCGGCACCGGACACCGAUCCGUCUGUGUCAAUGAAUAAUUUCUAUCCUGCUUUGGUACAAUGUUUCGGCAUCAUUAUAUGUGGUUACAUUGCUGGCCGCUUCAAAAUCAUUUCAAAUUCGGAAACUAAAGGCCUUGGCACAUUUGUCGGCACAUUUGCAUUGCCGUCGCUAAUCUUUCUCUCGCUGGUCGAGCUCAAUUGGAGCAGGGUAAAUUGGACCUUCUUACUGGCCAUGACGCUAUCCAAAGCGAUUGUAUUCUUCGCUGUGCUUGUGAUCUCACUGCUCAUUACACGACCGCUAAAUUAUGCGCGCGCCGGCCUCUUGAGUAUUUUUUGUACGCAGAGCAAUGAUUUCGCGAUUGGCUAUCCGAUUGUGAUGGCGCUGUACCAAGAUGUUCAUCCCGAGUAUGCCUCGUAUUUGUACUUGAUGGCGCCUAUUUCGUUAGCGUUGCUCAAUCCCAUCGGCUUAGUGCUGAUGGAAAUCUCGAAAAUCAUACAAACAAAAGCCGAAGCGGCACAAGAAUCGACCCUCUGCCCGGCCGAACAGCAAGCGAAGCGCACGCGUUGCUUGAGUGAAAACCAGCUGCUGGUGUUGCACACACUCAAAUCACUUUUCUUCAAUCCGAUGUUGCUGAUGACGUUGCUAGGUGUCGGCGGUGCUUUUGUCUUUCCGAAUGGUCUGCCCGAAAUGAUAGCGAGUGUGUUGCGCGUCUUUGGCCAGUCAUUCUCGGCGACGGCGCUUUUCCUGUUGGGUUUGAAAAUUGUCGGACAAGGUGGUUCAUUGCGUGGCGCAGGCUUUUUGCUACCCGGCAUCUUGAUAUUGGUUAAAAUUUUGGUCUUGCCGCUAGUGAGCCGUCAAACGGUGAAUAUCAUGCAAGCGGGCACAGAUUUCAACGAUACAACCGAAUUAAGCACCUUCGGUUUCUUAUAUGGCACCUUUCCGGCUGCACCGGGCGCUUUUGUCAUCGCCACACAAUAUAAUGUCGAAGUGGAAUUGGUCGCUACGGCCAUGGUGCUCUGCACAUUUAUCUCCGCGCCGCUAAUGUUCAUCUCGGCGAAAAUGAUUUCCAUCACCAAUUUGAAUCCAGUCGAUUAUAUACAUGAGUUGGAUGUGUUUUCUUUCGAUAUAAGCGUUGCCGGUGUGGCCGCCGCCGCUUGGGUUCUAAUACUACUGAUUUUGACAAAGCGUUUUAGACGCAUGCCGCAUCGUGUUACAUUCUGUUUGGUGCUGUCGCAGCUGAUGUGCUGUGCGGCCGUGAUUAUCUGGGCGAAAUUCGAUCACGCCGAGAAGUGGUUGAUAUACGUGCAAUUCUUCCUCUUCAAUAUGGGCACAUUCAGCAGUCGCUUGUGGACAGCUAUAUUGGCGAUUUGCCUGCUCUUCCUGCAGUGUCGCAGCUUGUGUUUCGUGCUCAACAUGUGGCCUUAUAUGAUCGCCUUUGCCUGGGGUGUGCCUGCUAUAAUAUCUGGUCUGCUGAUCGCCUUAGAUAGCCAAAUUUUAUUGCCUGAUAAGCACAACCCCUGCUUCCAAUAUGGCACUGCGCAAGCGGCAGUCACUGUAUUUAUGCUUGUCAUGUGUUUCUUUGUCACUGUUGGAUGUUUGGUUAUGCAUCAGCGUUAUAAGAAGCGUUAUGAGAAGUACUUGACGUACACACGCGAAUUAUCGAAUCCAGAUUCCGAACCCUCUGACCUACAAUCCACCAUAUCAACUGCAAAUUUGUUAACGAAUACCGAUGGCGCGCGUCUCUCCAGUGGCGUCGUGCCGGCGCAGAGACGUCGCUAUGGCUCUUAUUCUUCGUCGGACGACGAUGAUAUUAUCUCGACAGUGGAUAAUGGUCCUAAUACAAUCGCUGGCGGCUGCGGCGGUGAUGUUGGCGGUACUUGUUGCUCCAGCGCUACCAGCCCAACAACUACGACGGUUGUUGUGGAUAUCGAAGAUUUGCUGGGUCGCCGUGAAGCGGCUGCAAAAUCGGCUGCCGAAGGCGCGGCACGUAAGCGAAGCAACGACACAACCACCACGCCGUCAACAGACCAAUUCGAAGAUGAGAAUCUCGGCAUACGUUCGGGCAUCUGUAGUCCGGCUUUCAAUUGUGCUGCGGGUUCUUCACGUCAAAAUUGCCAAUCGAUUAUUGAACGCUAUCAGGAUCAGUCACGUCGUGGUCUAGAGCCAUUAGAAUAUGCCAAUGAUGCUGAUGAGUAUCAGACUUUGAAGCAUACAGUGUUGCUGAUCUUGCUGCUCUGCUCAAUGUUUGUGGGUCUAUCUGUUUCUAUUUGGACUCUGGUAAUGGAUGGCAUGUCUGGUAUUUACUUGGAAUUGAGUUUUCUCGACGCUUUCUUGAAUUUCGGUCAGAGCUUGAUCGUUUUGGCGCUAUUUAUCACUGACACCAGCGAAUUGCUGACGCCAUUUGUGAAGAUUUGGCGCAAGUUGUGGUAUGGCGCAAAUGUUCUAACUCUACCACUGUGGACAAGUCUCACUCCGGAGACCAAGCAUACUUGUGAGCAGUUCCGCAAUCAUCAUUUGGAGAAUUGCAAGAAGCAUAUUGCUAAAGAUCGAAGGUGGCGCAUUAGAGUUUAUCGCAAAGUAUUUUACGGCACCGAAUUCGUGGAUUGGCUACUCGAAGUUGGGCUCGCCAAGGAUCGCCUGGAGGCUGUGCAUUACGCUAGACAUUUAGUGGACGGACGUGUUUUGCGGCAUAUAAACAAUGUUUAUCAUUUUGAAGAUAAACAGCUAUUAUAUAAUUUCUGUGCACGCAUGUAAAUUAGCGCAACAACAAAACGUAAAAUACGUAAAAAUCUACGUAAGCUAUAAGGAAUCUAUUUUCCUUUAUUCUUAUUAGUUUUUGUUUUUAGAAUUUUAAGUUUAAGAGGAAUGUUGUACCAAGACGUUGGUAGUGGUGCUGUGAUGCGUGUCAAAUGUUAAUUUCUUAUAAGUUUAUAAAUACAUAUAAAUGUAUACAUACACAUAUACAUACAUACACACAAAGAAUAUUAUAUAUAAUUUAUACAUAUUUUAGUUAUUGAAAGUUACUGGCGUAAGCAGCCAUUUACGUGAUUAACUUGCAUAUAAUCUUCCCACUUAACCGCAAUUAGUAAAUUAAUAUGUCUAAUUGAUUUAUUACAGUUAUGGUUAAUUGUAAACUUUUAUUACCGGUUAAGAAUUUGUAUUAACUAGUCGUUCUAGUUUUUAAUUUCUUUUGUAUGUGUAUGUGUAAAAAUCAUAUCACAAAGAAUUUUAGCUUUCAAUUAUUAAUUUGAAACAAUUGUGCAAUUAUUAACUAUUUUACUUUUAAACGAUUUUGUAUUUUUUUUUUAAUUUUUGUUUACAUUUUUAUUUUAUUUUAUUUUUUGUUUUAUUAAAUUUUUUUUACUUGUUAAAUUUUUUUUUUUUUUUUUUAAUAUUUUGUGCAAUUGUUUUACUCUAUAAUGUAUUUGAAUUGUACAUACAUAUGUACACGCUAUGCCAAAUAUCUAUUGUAAAUUAGGGAAUUAUUUAGAGGUUAAGUAAUCGAAACGUAUUUUUUGCAUGAAAGAAAUGUUAAUUUUAUUGUAAAAAUGAUGAGAAAUUGUUAGGCGUAAGUUGAUAUAAAGAUUGUGAUUGCUUUUAAGCACUAUUCGGUUUAUAAGCAAGUGCAGUUAGCUGUAAUAUUUUAUAAAAAUAUAAGAAGAUAAUAAAGAAAUCGAUAAUACAUUUGCAACGGUCACAAAGAAGCUGAAAAAAGAAUGCGCCAAAUGUGUUUUUAAUGUUCUUAAGUUCAUGUUGAAUA